AGGAAAAACCAAAACAAUCAAAACAGGAAGAAGAAAAGUAUGGCAGAAGCAAGCAUAGUCGAAGACAGAACUCCCUUCGUCUUUCUUCUGAAGAACUAAACAAGUUUCGUUUUCAUCUCCCUCCGAUUUUCAUCCAAAUUUCAGUUCCUAUUCUACGUUUGAUUCCGGAAGAUUUAGGGGAUUGACUGAAAUAAUCGUAUUGUGAUCGAUGAGGCCGAUACGGCUGCGAGAGCCAGACCCACCGAGCCCUACCCCCGCCGAAUCAGAAAUCUUCGAAGGCGGCGUUUAUGGCGUUAUUAGGCGGGCGGUUGUCAUCGGCAACGGUUCUUCUGGGUCUGAGAAUCAGUGUAUCGGUUUGGUUCAGGCGCUUGGCUUGGCUGACAAGCAUGUGCUCUACCGGGUUACAAGGCCCAGAGGAGGAAUAAAUAAUUGGCUCCACUGGCUUCCGGUUUCUCUUCACAAAAAGUUAGAUUUUAUCAUGACCCAGUUAAGUGUUUACGCUCGGUUUUUGUUGCGAUCAAAAGGGAGGAAACUUAUGCCUAUAUCUUCAGAAAAUGGUGGAAGUGCGGGCUUGUCAUGCAUUUUAGAAGCUGACUUAAAGCAUAUUGUAUCAAUGGCCCGGGAGACUUAUGAAAAGGAUGGACCUCUAUUGGUGGUUGCAUCUGGCAGGGAUACCAUAACUAUUUCAAGUUCCAUUAGACGCUUGGCAUCGGAGAAAGUUUUUGUUGUGCAAAUACAACAUCCAAGGUUGCAUUUGAAUCGGUUCGACAUGGUCAUCACUCCUCAUCAUGAUUAUUAUCCUUUAACUUCUCAAGCACAAGAGCAAGUCCCUCGAUUUAUGAAGAAGUGGAUAACUCCACGUGAACCACCAGAUCAGCAUGUGGUCUUGACUGUUGGAGCCCUUCAUCAGAUUGAUUUUGCUGCAUUACGCAGUGCAGCUAGUGCAUGGCACGAUGAGUUUGCUCCUCUUCCGAAACCCUUAUUGGUGGUCAACAUAGGAGGGCCUACAAGUUGCUGUUGGUAUGGUGUGGAUCUUGCAAAGCAGUUGGUAACCAGUUUGCUGAGCGUUCUUGCAAGCUGUGGAAGUGUCAGAAUAUCCUUCUCGGACAGAACUCCUAAGAAGGUGUAUAAUGUUGUCGUGAAAGAACUUGGGGAUAAUCCAAAAGUUCACAUCUGGGGUGGACAAGAGCCGAAUCCGCACAUGGGCCAUUUAGCUUGGGCAGAUGCGUUUGUUGUAACAGCAGAUUCAGUUAGCAUGAUAAGCGAGGUUUGCAGUACUGGGAAGCCUGUCUAUGUAAUUGGAACUGAGCGCUGUAAGUGGAAGUAUUCUGCGUUCCAUAAAUCUUUGAAAGAGAGAGGAGUCAUCCGACCAUUUACAGGCUCUGAGGAUAUCUCAGAGAGCUGGAGUUAUCCUCCACUGAACGACACGGCAGAAGCAGCUACUCGGGUGCGUGAAGAACUAGCCAGGCGUGGCUGGAGAAUACGGCCAUAGGAAGCCUGUUGAUAUCUGUUAUACACAAUUUACUCUUCAUUUGUCAGUAAAAUAUGGGGCCUUCACCUUUUGAGCAUUAGAUUUGUACAAUGGUGCACAUAGGAACAGAGAUUAGAAGCAUUGGUGGUUUCGAAUCCAAUUUUUAGACAAAUAUUGAGAAAAAAAAAGAAUAAUGAAGCUAGCAGCAGCUGUUUGUUAGUGCGGCUUGUAUUAUAGGCAGAGGCUUUGGCUUUGGCUUUGGCUUGCUGUUUUCCUCAGUUCUGGAAGCUCUUGAAUUUUGUUGAGGAAAAUUUUUAUACUGUAUGGUAGAAUAUAUAUUUCUUGUAAAUUGGUUCAUUUAUAUGA